AUGCCUCUCGCUCCGUACUCCUUAAGGUUUUCAAAGAUCGCAACCCGAGUUGCCAAAGCAGGGGGUGCCGCCACGAUAUCGCUCCAGAACAUCCCCCCUGGGUACACCCCGGAGGACAUUCGCGAAUUCCUACUGCACGGUGCGGACCCGUCCGAGCCGGCUUGGCUCGCGGAUCUGCAAUUUUUUCACCGUACCACCGACCCCUACGAGGAGGCUUUCCUCCUCGUCUUCACUGGCAUCCCUCUUCCCCCCCCCCCGGAUGAUCCGUCCUUCUCCCGCAUCCCUGCUGCCAUCCCGUUUGAGGAUGAUUCCCCUCCCGUCCUGCUCAACAUUUCCACCCAUGUCUGCGCUUACAGUGGGAACAAUCACCGCGACUCGGAUCACGAGACUUUCGCCUUGCCCCCUCAUCCGAUUUCUCCCAGUGAUGCUCUAUGUCUUCUGCUGUCCAUAUUUAACCAACCCUCCUAUCUCUAA